GAAGUAGGAAAAAGAAAGUUUAAGUAUUCCCACCAUAGCUCCAAUUUUCCUCGUCUUUGCCUUGCUUUCCAUCCAAAAGCCUUUGACCCCUUAUUCACGUUUUCUCUUGCCUUGAAGGAAAUUCGAGUCCAGCCAAGUCUCUCUUCUGAUCUUGCCCUUUCUCUAGCACUCAUAAGCAUUUCCCUUUAUUUGUGUACCUAUAUAUGCUUCUAAUCAUUGCUUUGACAAAUGCUUUUUCACCCCUUGAUUUUCCUUCCAUAAUGUAAUAUACAAGUCUCUUCUUCUACUUGCUGCUAUGUUAUUUAAGUCGAAUUCAUAUUAGUCCUUCGAAGCCUUAUUAACCUUCUUUCUUUCUCUUGUCUGAAAGUGAAAAUUCACUAGCAACGAAGACAGAAAACCAUGAUUCUAUAACCAUUCAUGAGUUAGCUAGCACAUAAUUUAUGAAGUUAGUUGUUUGUUUAAGUUUAUUUAUUAAAAUAACUACUUAUUAAUAAAAAUAAGUAACUUCCUAUUUUUCGUUAUGUUUGUAAACUGUUUUUGUUUAAAAAAAUUAAUUUUCUGUUUAUUUUAAGAAGAAAAUCUUAUUACUUCUUAAAAAAAUUACUUAUGUAAGAAGUGCUUAUUUUAAAGUUUAAACAAAGUCACCCAUGAUAUAAUCAUGGCUGCUGUUGUCAACCCCAGAACUUGGAUUCCAUAUAUGAACAGCAAAGACUGUUCACAAGGAUUUUGUAGCUUGUACUGUCCACAGUGGUGUUACAUUGUGUAUCCCCCUCCUCCACCCUUUGAGUACCCUGAUGAUGAUUCAAGCCCAAAUUUCUCCCCUCUUGUCAUCGCAAUCAUUGGAAUCUUGGCCACUGCUUUUCUUCUGGCGAGUUACUACACUCUAAUAUCCAAGUACUGUGGCCCCAGAGAGUCCGCACGUAGAGACCCAAAUGAUGAAAACUUUCAAGACGACCUCAACCACAAUUCAUAUCUCCGCGAGCAUGCUUCAAUCGCGGGUCUGGACGAAGCUAUGAUCAAAUCCAUUGCGGUUUUCAAGUACAAGAAAGGAAGUAUUGGUGGUUCUGCUGGAGUCACGGAUUGUUCAGUUUGCCUAAGCGAGUUUGAAGAUGAUGAAAGUGUUAGGCUCUUGCCAAAGUGCAGCCACGUUUUCCAUGCUCCUUGCAUCGACACGUGGCUCAAGUCUCACUCUAGCUGCCCCUUGUGUCGUGCUGGCAUAUUCACCUUCACUUCUUCGGCGGCGCCACCACCUCAGGAUGAGGCCGAGGCCCCUUCAAGAAACCAAACUACUCAUCAUAAUGAAAGUGGCGGCAACGAGUUUGGCGUGGUGGCGCUUCAAGAAGAAGAAGAAGAAAGCAUGCAUCACGCUAGAGCAUAUCCAAAUCCUGCAUUGCGCGCUUUUAGCGACUUGAGUUGCUUUCAGGGUAGGCACAGAGUGAUUGAUAUUAGAGACGAAGUGUGCGAAUCCGUCGGUAGGUCGGUGUCUAUGGACCAUUCGUCAUUUCAAAGUGCUCUUUCUGUUGCUGAUGUGUUGCAAAUGAGUGAAGAGGAAGAUGCCACUGAAGCUGGCCCUUCAAAGAGGUCACGCGGAGAGAGUAGCAAGUGCAGAUACAAAACAAGGGUGUUGCAUUGUGUGCUGAGCCCAAUUUCAAUGAAGAGAUCAUCGUUUUCCAGUGGAAGAAGAUUCUCGGUUAGCAAAAGUGGCAGAGGAAAUUAGCUUGGAAAUGGAACUAUACCCAUAUGAGAAUUUUCUGUCUUAGUAAACAUGAGAUUGAUCAAAUUUUUGUUUCUUAUAAGAGGAUUUAUAAUAAUACAUUAUUCCUUAAAUGAGUUAUUUACUUAAA